GGGGAUGUUGAAUAUAAAAUAGUAAAGAUCUCCCCUCCUCCUGGACCGAACUUUUGAAUCAUCGUCCAUCAACGAGGAAUCCCAGGCCAGCCAAAACCUCCUAUUCAUCUCUCAGUUGUAUAAUCCGUUUUUGGGCAGAUUCAUUGUAUAGUUUCUCGAGAUGAAGUACACAAGCGGUCUCGCGGGUGUCGGGUUAUUCCACCUCGCCCUCGGCCUUCCACGGCCGCAGAUGACAUACGAGGAGAACCAAGGAAGUGUUGGUGGUGUUGACGCACCUAUUCCCACCUACAGCGGUGCACCUGUAGGAGACCUUCGCGGCUCCACGGACCUUCAAGGGGGUAUCGCAUCCCGUCCUUCUGCGGAUGGAGGUGACUCCGCCGUCGUGGAGGACCCGCAGUUUGUGAACGGGCAAGACGCAGACGGCAAACUUGGUCUGUACCUGGACUUCAACAGCGCCGAGUAUCCCAACGGACCUCAGCCUAUGCGUGGUGGCCAGGGAGGCACUGACCCCGGGCCGCGCACGUACGAGUACGAGAAGCUGAACCCCGAUACCUACGCUCCGCCUGCGACGGAUAAAGGCAGUGUACAGCAGGCCAAGUGGCCGCUAGGCCUUAGCCACAACCUGUUAGGAUCCGGCAAGCAAUCGGGUUGGGCCCGGCAACAAAACCAGGAGGUGUUGCCUGUAGCUACUGCGAUGGCGGGUGUCGAUAUGCGCCUCGAGCCAGGUGCGUACCGAGAACUACACUGGCACACCUCUGGCGAAUGGGCUUUGGUCUUAAAAGGCUCGGUUCGCGUAGCGGCUAUCGACACCGACGGAGCCUCUUUCGUCGACGAUCUCACGGCGGGCGAUGUCUGGUUUUUCCCGCAGGGUGUUCCUCACAGUUUGCAAGCCCUGCACCAAGGCGUCGAGUUCCUGCUGGUCUUCGACAGCGGCGACUUCUCCGAGUACAACACGUUCCUCGCUACCGAGAUGCUCAUGCGCACGCCUGUAUCUGUCUGGGCCAAGGACCUCCAGACCGACGUUAGCGCGUUCGACUACAUCCCCGACAAAGAGAAAUAUAUCUUCAACGGCACCCCGGCUCCAUCCAACAUCUCUGAGCAGAACAUCACGUCUUCAGCCGGUGCUCUCUGGGGCCCUAGCGGAUACACCUACCACUGGUCGCAGCAAGAAUUCCACAACACCACGGGCGGAGCCGUCAAGAUCCUCGACCCAGCGACCUUCCCCGUAGCGGACAUGUUCUCCGCGGCACUCGUGGUCCUCGAGCCGGGCGCGAUGCGGGAGAUCCACUGGCACACGGAGAGCGACGAGUGGUCGUACUUCCUGCAGGGGUCCGCGCGCAUCACCAUCUACGAGGCGCCGUCGGCGUCGGGGACGUUCGACUUCACGGCGGGGGACGUGGGGUACAUCCAGAAGUCGGCGCUGCACUACGUGGAGAACACGGGGACCGAGGACGUCAUCUUCCUCGAGGUCCUCCAGGCCAAGAAGUUCUCCGACAUCAGCGCCGCCCAGUGGCUCGCCCUGACCCCGCGCCAGGCCAUCAAGGACACCCUCAACCUCACCGACGAGGUCCUCGACGCUAUCCCAAAGGAGAAGACCCUCAUCAAGCCUGGUAACCCCAACAUGACUGCUAUUGCGGUGGACGGGAAGCCUUAGAUGGUUGGAAAGAGAUCCUGAGAGAAGAAAUGUAUGGUUCGAUGACGGUUACCUGUUUAAUGACUAGACGUUGCGAAAGAUGACGAGCUAUCAGUUAAUCAUAUAGACGCUGGAAUUUUUUCUAUAGUAUAUGGCCAACCUAAGUUAAUGUUUUAGCCUAUUUUCUUCCUGAUAGAAUACAAAUUACCUUGAUGCUUAUCUCAUAACUAUAUUCUAGA